AGAAUGGAGGCGUCGCUGAAAAACAUUCACCCGUUCACCACAUACACAUACCGCCAGGAGCCCAUUUCACAAUAAACGGAUAAGGCGACAAACACCCCUGUCCAACUCAGCUCGUAACGUUUAUUUCCUCACACUGCAAUGAAAUGAGGGGAGCAUGGGGGCCAAGGAGUCGAGGAUAGGAUUCCUGUCAUAUGACGAGGCCGUUAAGAGAGUCACUGAUGUGGAACUGAAGCGGCUGAAAGAUGCCUUCAAAAGAACCAGUGGCCUCUCCUAUUACAUGACCCAGCAGUGUUUCUACAGGGAAGUGCUGGGAGAUGGAGUUCCCCCUAAAGUCGCAGAGGUGAUCUACACCUCGUUUGGAGGCUCUGCCAAAGGGCUGCACUUUAACAAUCUGAUCGUGGGUUUGGUGCUUCUGACCAGAGGACGUGAUGAGGAGAAGGCAAAGUACCUCUUCAGCCUGUUUGCCAGUGAUCUGGGGGGAUAUGCUGCCAGGGAAGAUAUAGAAGCAGUUCUGCAGGUCCUGGAUGGAGAAGUCCCGGCAUCCCUGAAGGAGUCCUUCGGCGAGGGAGACAAGGUCAACUACGAUCGCUUCAGGAACUGGCUCCUGCAGGACAAGGACGCCUUCACUUUGUCCAGAUGGCUGCUGUCGGGAGGAGUGUGUGUCACGCUGACGGAUGACAGCGACACGCCCACUUUCUACCAGACCCUAGCGGGCGUCACACACCUGGAGGAGUCUGACAUUAUAGACUUGGAGAAGCGCUACUGGUUGCUGAAAGCUCAGUCCAGGACCGGCCGCUUUGACUUGGAAACCUUCGUUCCUCUCGUCUCUCCUCCUAUUCAUGCGUCACUGAGUGAAGGCUUGUUUCACGCCUUCGAUGAAAAUCGGGACAAUCACAUCGACUUUAAAGAGAUCUCUUGUGGGCUCUCCGCAUGCUGCAGGGGGCCUGUUGCUGAGAGACAGAAAUUUUGCUUUAAAGUGUUUGAUGUGGACCGUGAUGGCGUUCUGUCUCGAGAUGAGCUUCAUGAAAUGGUGGUGGCCUUGCUGGAGGUGUGGAAGGACAAUCGGACAGACUUACUCCCUGAGCUGCAGAGUAGUGUGUCAGACAUAGUAGAAGACAUCCUAAAGAUGCACGACACAACUAAGCUGGGUCACCUGACCCUCGAGGACUACCAGAUCUGGAGUGUAAAGAGCGCUUUGGCCAACGAGUUCCUGAACCUGCUUUUUCAGGUGUGCCACAUAGUCCUGGGGCUCAGGCCUGCUACUCCAGAGGAGGAGGGGCAAAUCAUCAGGGGUUGGUUAGAGAGGGAGAGCAGACAUGGGCUGCAGCAAGGCCAGAACUGGUUCCUCAUCUCGAUGCUGUGGUGGCAGCAGUGGAAAGACUACGUUAAAUAUGAGCAUAAGGGCAUCGUGGUGGAACAGCCGUCCAUCCUGAGCUCACUCAGAACUCCAAUGGCCACGGCCACCGUCGAGCCUGCCCUCCCUGAAAGCCUGGGAGGACCGGCCACGUCCGGCCACGUCAGCCCCACCGAGGAGAGGUCACCCGAUGCCGUGUCCAGUGCCUCAGAGGCUACAGAAACUGCAGCACUGAGCCCACAGGUAGCCUCAGCCACAGAGAGCUGUUUCGCACGUCAGCACAACGUCUCAGACAACAACAAUCAGUGUUUUUCUGGAGCCAACGGCCACCUCCCCUCCCAGCUGGCAGCACAAAGACCCGGAGCCAUCGACAACCAGCCUCUGGUCACCACUGACCCCAUGAAGGCGCCCACGUUAACUAUGGAGGGCGGCAGGCUAAAACGCUCCCUGCAGCUGCUGCCUCGUAGAGACUUUGAGACGGUGCCAGAGCCUGUGUGGCGGGCGCUCUACCACUGGUACGGUGCCAACCUCAGCCUGCCGCGACCGGUAAUCUUGGAAAGCAAGACAGGCCAGCCGGAGCUGGAACUCUUCCCCCGCUACCUCCUCUUCCUUCGCCAGCAGCCGGCCACGCGCUCCCCCCAGUCCAACAUCUGGGUCAAUAUGGGUAUGACCAGCCUGCGAAUGUUCCCACCGAAUUUACCCCCCACAAGAGGUAACGUGCCAUCCCCCAACGCUCCUCUGAAGAGGAUGCUGGCCUACACGGGCUGCUUCAGCCGCAUGGGCACCAUUAAGGACAUCCACCUGUACCUGUCGCAAAGGCUCCGCAUCAAGGAGGAGGACAUGAGGCUCUGGCUCUACAACAGUGAGAACUACCUCACACUUCUGGAUGAUGAAGAUCACACACUGGAAAGCCUGAAGAUCCAGGAUGAGCAGCAGCUGGUUAUUGAAGUCAGGAACAAAGACAUGAGCUGGCCUGAGGAAAUGUCUUUCAUUGCCAACAGUAGUAAGAUGGACAGACACAAAGUUCCCACAGAGAAAGGGGCGACUGGCCUCAGUAACCUUGGCAACACCUGCUUCAUGAACUCGAGCAUCCAGUGUGUGAGCAACACCAAGCCUCUCACAGACUACUUCCUCUCAGGGAGACACCUCUACGAGCUCAACAGAACCAAUCCUAUUGGGAUGCGAGGUCACAUGGCCAAGUGUUACGGCGACCUGGUGAUGGAGCUGUGGAGUGGGACACAGAAGAAUGUAGCUCCACUCAAACUCAGGUGGACGAUAGCAAAGUACGCCCCCCGUUUCAAUGGCUUCCAGCAGCAGGACUCUCAGGAGCUGCUGGCCUUCCUCCUGGACGGCCUCCACGAAGACCUGAACAGAGUCCACGAGAAGCCGUACGUGGAGCUGAAGGACAGCGAUGGUCGGCCAGACUGGGAGGUGGCCUCUGAGGCGUGGGAGAAUCACCUGCGUAGGAACCGCUCCAUCGUGGUCGACCUGUUCCACGGACAGCUCAAGUCUCAGGUGAAGUGUAAGACCUGCGGCCACAUCAGCGCUCGCUUUGAUCCCUUCAACUUCCUGUCUCUGCCUCUGCCCAUGGACAGCUCCAUGCAUCUGGAGAUCACCGUUAUCAAGCUGGACGGCUCCACGCCCGUGCGCUACGGCCUGAGGUUGAAUAUGGACGAGAAGUACACCGGGCUGAAGAAACAGCUGAGUGAACUGUGCAGCCUGAAGCCCGAGCAGAUCCUCCUGGCUGAGGUCCAUUCUUCUAAUAUCAAGAACUUCCCUCAGGAUAACCAGAAGGUCCGUCUGUCUGUCAACGGCUUCUUGUGUGCGUUCGAGGUCCCGGUGCCGGGUUCACCAACAUCACUGAGCUCGCCCACGCUGACAGAUAUCACACCUAUAGCCAACAACACAGCUGCCAAUGGGCACGUGGGCAGUAAGCUAGACCUCAUCCCUAACGGUGGGCCCUGCAGCCCUGAGACGCCUCUGACCAACGGGGUCGCCAAUGGACACAUCACACCGGUGCACGAGAGCCCCUUCAUUGGAUACAUCAUCGCUAUGCACAGGAAGAUGAUGCGCACAGAGUUGUACUUCCUGUCGUCUCAGAAGAACCGACCCAGUCUGUUCGGCAUGCCGCUCAUUGUUCCCUGCACUGUGCACACCAGUAAGAAGGACCUGUACGACGCAGUCUGGAUCCAGGUGUCCAGACUGGCCAGUCCCCUGCCCCCACAGGAAGCCAGCAACCACGCCCAGGACUGUGAUGACAGCAUGGGCUAUCAGUACCCCUUUACUCUGAGGGUCGUGGGCAAGGAUGGAAACUCGUGUGCCUGGUGUCCGUGGUACAGGUUCUGCAGAGGCUGUACGAUCGAGUGCACAGAAGACCGAGCUUCUGUAGGAAAUGCUUACAUAGCUGUGGACUGGGAUCCAACUGCCCUGCACCUCCGCUACCAGACCUCCCAGGAGAGGAUUGUGGAGGAGCACUGCAGUGUGGAGCAGUCUCGGCGAGCUCAGGCUGAGCCCAUCAGCUUGGACAGCUGUCUGAAGGCUUUCACCAGCGAGGAGGAGCUGGGAGAGGACGAGCUCUACUACUGCUCCAAGUGCAAGACCCACCGACUGGCCACCAAGAAGCUGGACCUCUGGAGGCUGCCACCCAUACUGAUUGUCCACUUGAAGCGCUUCCAGUUCGUGAAUGGUCGCUGGAUCAAGUCCCAAAAGAUCGUCAAGUUUCCACGGGAGAAUUUUGACCCCAGCGCCUUCCUGGCUCCCAGGGACCUCGAGCAUCGCUGCCUCCACUCCCGCAGUGAGAGCGAGGAUCUGCUGAGGGUCGGAGAAGACAAUCUGUCCUCCAUCUCUGCACCCGCUGGCUUUGGCAACCUCCCCAAAGCUUCCCCAGCUUCAAGCAGGAAGUCUGCUCCCUCUCUCAGCCGGAACAGUAGCCCGUCUGGCAGCCCGAAGGCCGGCAGCGGAGGCCGCAGACCAGGUCGGUUGCGCCUUCCCCAGUUGGGCAGCAGACAUCGCCUCUCCAACAGCAAGGAGAACCUGGACGGAGCAGCUAAUUCUGAGGCUGAAUUGAGAGACGAUGCACCGCAGGCGGACCCAGAGGGUUCAGCAGCAGGAGGAGCGCCAGGGCUUCAGGGGUCAGGAGAGGGCGUUGCAUCAGAAUCGUCCUCCGGUAGUGAAGCAUCCAGCAGCCACUGUGACGUGGUCCUUGUGAACGGAGACAGCAACGGGCUGUGCUCCGACUGCAGCACAGAGAGCAGCACGGAGCCGGACGGCUCUCUGCUGCAGCACAGAGACAACAUGUGUCUGGAUGCCAUAUACAACCUCUAUGCAAUAUCAUGCCAUUCAGGAAUAUUGGGAGGAGGCCACUAUGUGACAUAUGCCAAAAACCCCAAUGGGAAAUGGUACUGUUACAAUGACAGCAGCUGCAAGGAAGUGCACUCUGAGGAGAUCGACACCGACUCGGCCUACAUUCUCUUCUACGAGCAGCAGGGAGUCAACUACUCCCAGUUCCUGCCAAAGAUCGAUGGCAAGAAGAUGGCCGACACCAGUAGCAUGGAUGAAGACUUUGAGUCAGACUACAAGAAAUACUGCGUCCUCCAGUGACCGCAGCUCGUCUUCCAUCAGCCAGCACUACGCCCGCUCGCCUCUUUCAGCCUGCUGCUCUGAACAGGAAGCGCCAGAAGAUCUCACGAACGGCUGACAGUUGAACCGCGCGCCGUCUUUAUGGCUGCUUCGCAGCACUUUCUAAACUCGACUGCAAACACGGAUCGGUGAAAAGGUUUGCUAAGACAACAGCGAAGCCCCUCCCUGUGAAAGCACCCGACCGGUGCACUUUGCUGAGCCCGACGAACUCCCAUCAGCUCCCACCCCGUGAUCCUCGCCAUGACAUAGAUGUAAAAUAUACUUGCACACUAACGCAUCUCUGAAUGUAUGGCAGUACGGCCGAGUCAUGCAGCGAUGUUGCUUUCUUAUCGUGCACUCAUCACUUGUGAUGUCAGGAUUCAAAACAAAAGACGGCUUUUUCUACCCAGAGUCACGAUUUGACCUGAGCAGGGAAAAACCGAUGUGCUCCAGGCGUGAGUCCCUGCAGGCCUACGGAUGCCAACUGUACACGGGGCCCAGCGUUCACCGUGUGCUGGAGUCACGUUUGGUGCCACGGGAGACGACGGAUGCCCGGGCAAGCUUUCAAACCAAUGGUUCUGCUGAGGUUUUAUUAGCGAUAGUGUGAGCAGGAAAACACGCGUCAUACGCUACCUCAUCGCUUCCUGCAUUCUUUCAGCCAACUGGACCCCAAAAGUCUGUGACAGUAUUAAUAUCAUGAAAUGCUUCCUUUUAGUGUAGGACACUCGGUACAUGCAUUCAGGAACACCCCCACAAAGACCCCCCUCCCCUCCCAGGACACUCGGGUCCUGAUGUUCACAUCAAAUUCGGCACGUUUGCCAAAAGCUGUGUUUGGUCCUGCAGCUGCCAAGUAUCCACGGUGAUUUGUGCAAUGUUGACCAGUAUGUAGCCACGGCGACAGAGAAUCUGGGUUGGGGUCAGGUGCCAUGAUUUAAAAAGUUGUACGGUAUAUGUUUAAACGCUUUUUUUGAUUGUGUAAAUGUGUCAUUUUAGAGGAUCUGCUUUAUUUUUUUAGUUUUUCUUAGAGUUGCUUCAGGCUACCUAAAGGCCCCACCUGUACACACCAGGCACAUCUCCACGGGCUGAUGCAAACCUCUGCAGUUCUCUGCUGUCCACCCAAACCUGGACUUCCUGCGUCCAUCACAGCCAAUUAUUUUACUGUUUGUUAUUUUAAAAGUGUCAAAACUGAAGAACCAGAGAUUUUUUUAUUUGCUCAAAGCCUGUAAACCACAUUACCCAUAAUGCUAUUCAGAAUCCAGCUUUAGCCUUUAUUACUGUGUCUCAUGUGGCUUCUGUGCUUACACUUCACUUUGCUCACAUUCGAACGAGUCCCACAGAUCGCUGUGAGUGUUUCUCACCUUGGCUGCUUCGCACAGAGGCAGGGAAGCCUUUGUUAACCAUGAGUGUUUCAUGUGUUGCACUGUUGGGUUUUUUGUUUUUCACACAACUAGAGCAGCUUUGCAUGAUUCACAGUUCAGGUACUUUUGGUUGCACCGUGCAAACGUGGAGUUGGAAAAGCACCUGGGUUCUACCUUCUGUCCCUGAAGCGGUCAUAGUUCAUAUAUCUACUCUCAGUGAAUUCAUACAGACCUGAUAAACCUUCCUGGACUGUGAGGUCAGAAGUCACGCUGUUUAAUAUGAGCAGUGACUUUUGCACCAGUGUGUGCACGAUAGGAAAUAAGGAAGAGCUCCUUCAGUGUCGAGUGCGGACGUGCACUCAUAGAUCGGACGGAUAUCUAACAAAUAUCUCCGAUAAAUUCCCACUUGUGUGAUUUCUCUCCCGUGUCAGAGUUCACACACUGUGUCAGACAGUUUGUAGUGUACUGACACGAGUAUUUCAUUUGAGUGAGAGGCGAAUGCAACGACCAAUGGAGCAGCUGCAGAGGGUUGGUCAGUCGCGUCCCUCCGACUCCACAUCAUUACAUUUUUAAAGCUUCCAUCUUGUAUUUUUGAGUUGUUUUAACGUGUAAUAGGAACAGAGCUCCCUUUUAACAGCCUCGGGUUCAAUGCCGCUUAGCGCACCUAAAACCUGCAGCAUGAGUGUAUAAAGAUGCAGUGAAGUAUCGCUGCAGUGGUCCCACCUCCUGCUGCUUAGGGGAUCAUAGAUGCUCCUGGAACACUUUUUAUUAAAAAAUGAAUCUAUGGAUAACCACUUGUUGGCUAGCUCACUGGCUACAGCCUCCAUACUCUGGUAUAUUAGUCACUUGUGCACUUGGCCACAUCUGCCCUGCCGUGUAUGAGCAGCCUGCUUGUGAAUGACGCCACCAAUGCAAGCGUUCACCUUUCUGAGCUUUCUGGGUAUGGAGCCUGGAGAGCCGUGUGAGGUGCCCCGUCCUGUGCAGUCUGAUCGCUGCAGCAGGGGUGCUGAAACCAUGCAUUUGUGAAUGGGUACCAUCAAAGCACAACACAAACUGUAAGGUCUUACUCCAGCUUCUGUAGUUCUAGCAGGUCUUAAUGCCCAGUCUCAAUAGACGGACUUUCACAAUCUCAUUUUAAUAGCUUAGUGUUUCAUAUCUUAAACCAGUUUCCCCCUUUUCCUCAGCUGAGCCAUCCAGUGGGCCAGCCACACCCUGAUGGGUGUCCAACAAAAGCGAGUGACAUGUCAGUGUAGACGGAGCAGUGUCCAUUUUUAAUGAUUUCAUUUCUUAGCUGCUGGCAUAACGUUUGAUGACUGGGAUGAUGGUUUCUGGUGGAAAUGAAUAAAUAUUGAAACUUUUUCAGGAAGUUCUAUGAAAGUUUUAAGAAAAAUCAAAUAAGUGUCUUAGAACGUUUUCACCUUUUGCUGGGAUGUUUUCAGGGAAAUGAUUUGGAAACAACCAUCCCCCCGUAGACAGAUGUGCUCACGUGUGGAAAGUAACCAAAGUCUGUUUGUGUGAGGAGCGUAAAUGCAUCGCUACACGACUGGAGCCAACGUUCGAGCAAAUGAUUUGUUUGUGUGGGUCAGAGUGCUGCCGUUCCUCCUUUCCUCUGAAGGUUUGGCUGCUUCGACGUGGCUGCUGAGGUCUCUUUGAGAUGGACGAGCCCAUGUUUUCACCGCGUGGUUCCAGCUGCAGAGUUCUGUGUGUCUGCUUUGUAGCAGCAAUGGCGGAGCUCCUGUCACGUCAGGGGGCUCCGUCUAAUCACUGUGAACAGACGGCAGACUGUCGAUGGCGCCCGGCUUCGUCUCCUGGAGCGCAGAGCCUCGUCUCUGCGUUCGUCCCCUUUUUUAGCUGCUGUAUUUGUGAUGAGACGACUUUGUUAUGGAUGUACUUGGAGAUAAAUCUGUCACUGAAUGAAACUUUAUUUCCUUCUGCAAAGAUCACAUUUGUUGAACAAAUGGAAAUGUACAUAAGAGUGUUAUUUAUGUUUGCUUGGCCAGCUCUUUUUCUUUCCCCCUCCACCCUCCUGCCGUCGCACUGAGCUGUAGACAGUGUCCAGUUUGUGUCUGUGGUUGAAGGUUAUCACAGGACUCGAAGGAAAAAUUGUCCCUUGAGAGCUCAGUUUGCAAUGUUUGCUCUACUUAAAGGUGCAAUAGAUGUCAACUUCUUUCUUUUUCUCUUUGUUUCUUGGGCUGUGAAUGUGCCCUCAAACGGCCGGUAGCGUAAUCUCUUAGCAGAAAGGUUUCAUGUCGGGGUUACUUUCAGCACAAUUUUUCUAAUCCAGGAACGAGGAUUUGACGCCCAGGGAAACUGGACUAUCUCUGAAACUGGGCAAGCACGGAUUCUGUAGAACACCGGGCUAGCAUCUGAAGCCCCGCCCCCCAGGAAGAUUAGUUCACGGUGUCAGGCAGUGCGAUCGACUACUGAGCUGUCUUUCAGUGUGUGUAGCUUCUUUUUUUAUUUAAGUUCAUAUCUGUCUGAUGUGAACCAGAUGUGUUAAUUUAAUAAACUUUUUUGUAAGGUGUUCGUUGGAAGAAAGUCACAUUGCACUGACAUGAAAACGUGUACAUAAACAAAACGUGUUUUGUAAAUAAGCCAAUGAAAACUAUGUAUUUGAAUAUGAACUGUACAAAAUACUGUACCUGUAGUUGUGUAUAUGGAGUGAUCCUGUUGAUCUGUAACGAAAUACCCAAGCAACAAAUUAAAUUCAGCAAAGGAAAUGACA